GUAAAGAAUAAAAUAACACUUUCUCAAUUGGUGCAGCCUUUUGGUCAAGUACCAGCAUUUGCAGAUGGGGACUUGAAGCUCUUUGAAUCAAGGGCAAUCACCCAAUACAUUGCUCAUGUUUAUGCAAGCAAUGGCUACCAACUAAUACUCCAAGAUCCAAAGAAGAUGCCCAUCAUGUCAGUGUGGAUGGAAGUAGAAGGCCAAAAAUUUGAACCACUUGCUUCAAAACUAACAUGGGAGCUAGGCAUAAAGCCAAUGAUUGGCAUGAGCACUGACGAUGCUAUUGUGAAGGAAAGUGAAGAGCAAUUGUCUAAGGUUCUUGACAUCUAUGAAACUAGAUUGGCAGAGUCAAAAUACUUAGGCGGCGACUCUUUUACACUGGUUGAUUUGCACCAUAUGCCAAAUAUAUACUAUUUGAUGGGUACAAAAGUGAAGGCACUGUUUGACUUACGCCCUCGUGUGAGUGCAUGGUGUGCUGAUAUAUUGGCAAGGCCAGCUUGGGUGAAGUGCUUGGAGAAGCUGCAAAACUGAAGACAUCAUGAACCAAUGGAUGACCAUAUAUAUUUCCAGAAGCAGUUCUGCCUAAAUAUGUUGUGUUUCCUUCCUGAAGUAGUUGUCCUGCAAUACAAUAAAUAGUUAUCAAUAUCAAUAUGUUGUGUUUCCUAUCAAUAUAUUUAUCAGAAAACACCUCUCUACCUCUGAGGCAGAGGUAAGGUCUGCAUAUAAUCUACCCGUUUCAGACCCCACUUUGUUGGAUUAUAUUGGGUAUCUUCAUGUUGUUGUACUAGUAUCUAUAUAUAUAUAAAAGCAAAACAAAAUCAAAACAACAUGCCACGUGUCAACCUAUUAAUAUAGCCAAGUGGAAGAUUUAAAGACAACACUUAAUAUUGUUGUAAUAACAAAUUUUUAA